AUGCCUCGGACCCUCCGUCCCCUCAUCUCCCAGAUGUUCACGUUCAUGUUCAUGUUCACGCUCCUGUUCAUUCGCGAGUGGGGGGGGGGAAACGGAGACGCGGAUUCUAGGCCCGACAGAUCAACGGGUCCAAUUUCGCACGGGUCUGGCCCCAAGAACAUUGCAAUUGCGACGCGGUGUGACCGGGAUGUGGCCCUACGAACGAUGGACCUGCCGCGCAACACUGCGGCAGUCUUACAGCGUCGAGCUUAA